AUGCAUGAAGUCCUUCUCCAACAAAACUCUUUCCGCGUGCCUGUACUCAAGAAGCUUACUGUCACCGCUUCUGUUAUUACCGAGUGUUGCCUGCUAAGCUCUAAUAUGACCUGAAAUUCCACAUACAGUACUGUAAUUAGUGUUACCACACUGAAAGGCAGCGACGAGGACCAGGUUGGGCGCGCAAAUGCUGCGCAGACAGCCCUAGAAUUCAGCCAUGAAUUCUCAGCUGCUUCUGGACCUGCAAGCGGCGCUGAGCGCUGCGCUGAGCUCUGGCAGUCAGAGCUCAACGCCGGCGAGCCAGAAUGACCCGCUCGUCACAAAAUUGCGGCAUGGCGUCAGUACGCUGCUCGACGCCUGCGCUGAGGCUAGCCGAAACAGCACAGCUGCAGGUGUUAAACAGGACGUCGUGACCGUACUGUCGGUGGCGGAGUUUGUGGUGGAGCGACUGCCCACGGUGUUCAGCGGCCAGGGCAGCCUAGAGGUUGGGCCGGUGCGCAGCCUGCUGGCCCUGCUGCUGGCCGCUGCCCGCCGCUUCAGGUCCCUGCUGGAGCGCAUGGUGUCACUGCUGCUGCGCAUUGUGAACCUGGCGCCGGCGGGCAUGCGGCGUAGCCUGCUGCUGGACCUGGCGGAGGGCGCCAUGGAGCUAAUGCUGGAUGCGGAGCAGCAGCUGGUGGUGCAGGCGCUGGACCAACAUGGGGGCUCAGCCUCCCCCAGAGGCGGCGGAGGAACCGUCCUCGGGAGCGCGAUCACCGCCUUCGAGGCCCUGCAGGCUCGUUGCGGAGCUAUGGGUGAGGAGCCCGAGGCGGCCUGCCUGCUGGAGGUGCAGCUGGACCGCUACGACCGGUGCUUGGCAGCUGCUGAGGCGGCAGCGGCGCUGUUGUCAUCGCUGAUUGUGUACCGUCCACAGCUAGUGGCGCCGGUGCUACCUAAUGCUGUGUUGCAGGUCCUGCUCCAGCUCAUCGUGGCUGCCACCCAGUCACCGGGCACCCAGUCACAGUUGGUACUUUGCGCCGCUCACAUCGCGGCAGCCGGCGGGGCGGAGGGCUUCUGUGAAGGGCUGCUGCAGGUGGCACUAGUACUCGUGGAGGCCUGGGGCACGGGUGGGAUUGAGCUGCUCGAUACGGCCGGCGCGGCCUCGGCGGCUUCUGACGCGUCCGAGGAGCUGCAGGCUGUGACGUCGUCUGUGUGGCACGCAGCUAUCAGCACCGCCAUGCAGACCUGCUGCAGGGCCCUGGAGAACAGGAGCAUUGUAGCGCUGUAUGCCGACCGGCUGUGCCGACUCUGCCUGCGGCACUGCGCAACGGCUGCCACUGGCGGGUUGCACUCGCCAUACCUUGCCAACGUGCAUACCGUGCUGGACCUCUGCCCGCAUCUGCUGCCUGUGGCGGUGCGGGAAGGCCUGCUCGACGUCCUGCUGCUGCUGCCACAUGUGUUGCACCUGCCGGCUGCUGGCGGGCAAGAGCCGAAGGUACCGGCACCGCAUGCGCCGCUGGCCGCAUCUGUGGAAGCCUUGCGGCUGCAGUGCGCUGAAUGGCUGGCAGAGCCACACGUGGCCACAGCGGUUGCGGACCGCGUCGCGGCAGUGCUGCUGCUGCCGCCGGGUGGGAUGCUCAGAAAGCCACGCAUGCUGCAUGGCGGGGGCAGCGGUCGGCAAGUUGGGCAGCCGGAUUCAGGCGCGGGUGCUGCGCCGAGUUCCAGGCCAGAUCAGGGCCAGGAAGCGCCGGGCCUGGAACGGUCCUUGUCUGCCGACCCAGAUCAGGCGACGCUGCCCAUCAGGGAGGAGAGCGUGGAGCGACCGACAAAGCGGCUGCGGCGCGUUGGAGGUGGCGGCAAACAGCAGGCGUCUCAGGCGGCGACCAACAAAUUCGGAAACUUGCAGGACAUGUUUGCCAGCCAGCACGCCAUUAAGCAGCGGGCGCUGGCGGAGGCGCGGAGCACCAGGGAUGGCGGCACGCAGCUCGCCGCACAUGCAGUGGCCGCAGACUCAGCCAGCGGUGGCAACACAGGCGACAGGAGGGCAGCUGCAGAUGACCUUUGUGGUGUACUAGAUCACGACAUGGUCCAAGGCCCGGCAGGCGGUGCGGUGGCUGCGGCAGCGGCUGCGGUGGUUCAGCUUGUGGCGGUGCCCUCGGUACGACUGCCUGGCUGCGACCUGCAAUCCAGGCUUGAGCUGCUGGGGCGCUUUGGUGCAGAGCUGCUGCCGCUGGCAGGCCCCGAGCUGCUUCUGCUUGCCAUGCAGUCUGCCGUGGAGCUCGUACGGCAGGCGUGCAGCGCGCCAGGCGCCGCCACCGGCAACACACCGAGCGCAGCGCCCACAUGCGACCCCUCAGCACUGACAGUCCCGCAGAAGCUGCAGGCGGCAGUGUACCGGACCAGCUGUGUGCUAGUGCUGGCGGUGCUGAGGGCGCUGCCGGAGCUGGACGUGGGCAUGGACCUGGGCGGCCCCGCUGCUGUCACCGGGCCGUGGGCGGUCGCGUGGAGCGGCGGCAUGCAGUCGCUGAUGGACAUGGUGCUGGCUUUGGUGCAGCCGUUGCCGGAGGCCCUGUCUUUGGUGCCCGCGAGCCAGCCUUCUUUUGAGGAAGUGGCUGUGGCUUCAGCAGGCGUAUUCCUGCGCACUGCACUUUGCACCGCGGGCUGUUGCCUUGCAGCAGCAGUGCUGCCACCAGCCCGGCAUCCACCGUCUCGCAGCGAGGGCCUGCUGAUUGCGUCGUCGUCACAGUGCACGGGGUUGGAGAAGAGCCUGAAGCGCUUGUUUGCAGCCAUGGGCAGUGGCGGUGUCGGCGAAGGUGGUCCGGCGAGUGCCGAGUUCCUAGCCAGCAAGGGCACCGACGGGUCGCAGGUACACGUAGCUGGAGAUGGGCGGCGACUGGUGGCGGCUGUGCUGGGAGCAUUUGGGCGGACCCUCGUCAUGUGUCAGCUGCCGAUCGGCAUGAUACUGCCUGUGAUGGACGUCACGGACCAACCGAGCCCAGACCGGAAGGUGGUCUUCAACGGUGACAGGAUGGGCGGACCAGACGGCAUUGCUGCGGCCAUGCUGGACGAGUUCGCAGGGGCGCUUCAGCGUGCACGCUCAGGGCAGGCGAGCACCAAGGUCCCCGAGGCUCCGGGUUUCGGUGCGGAAGCUGCCCUGGCUGGCGGGCUGCAGGUGGCCGCGGGGCUGCUGGCGUCUAGCCAGGCCUCCCACGUUGCUUGUGCUGCCCGGAAGGCAGUGGUACUGGGUCUGAGGCAGGUGUUGGGGGGCAUGCGUCAAGUAAUCCGGGAGCUGGCACAGCAUUCAAGCAGCUCAGAUCUGCAUCCCGGCACCCGGUCAGCUGCGGUGGCGCUGUCCGCAGCCGCUGCCUGCCUGCCGCAUCUGCCAGAUGAGCUCUGGCUGGCCUUGGACUCGCUGCCAGCCGCGGACAGAUCAGGGGCCGGAGCGGAAAUGGAGCCAUGCGGCAGUGGCCAGCCAGCCUGGCCACCGCUCACCAGCGUUUUAAAGCUGGUUGAGCCAUGGCUUGGACAUGGGGGCGCAGAAGCUGCAGGUGCCAGCUGUCGUGCGCCCGCCAUCGUACAAGUGGCGAUGCUGUCUGCGCUGCGGGACGUGGUGCAUGCGUGCCCAGCCAGCUGUGCAGCCAACAUCGGCGCAACACUAGCCCAGGCAGUGUUCGCGGCUCUCCGGUCGCCACAUGGCGUGGUCCGGGCAGCCGGCACGUCGCUUCUCCUGGUCUGCCUGCGCCCCGACACGUCAGCCGAGAUUUUUAUGUCCUCGGCAGGCUCGACACCCAACACUGCAGCCCGGGACGUGCUGUCGCGCCUGCACGGCAUCAUGAGCGAGCUGCGGUCUGACGCCGCCGCCAUCCGCUGCAGCCUGCUGUUCUCAGCGGUGGGGCUGCUGGCGGACGACCGCGAGGCGCGGCUGCCCGGGAUGACGUGGCGGGACAGCGCCCCGCAGCUGCUGCUCAUGGUGCUGGGCUGCUUGGGGGCCGAGGACCAGCAGGUCCGAGCCGCGGCGUCGUCAGCACUGGGUGUCCUAACUGCCUCGCUGGACCUGUCCGCCCAGCAGCUGCUGCUGGAGGGGCCGCACGCAACCAUGGUGCUCAACACGCUGGGCUGCUCGGUGCUGACGUCGCCUCGCCUGCUGCCCGAGCUGUGUCGCCUUCUGAAUGCAACGGACGCGCAGCUGGUUCGGGCCAUUGUUCCGCAUGCCAUUGGGCCGCUCUGCUGCUCAAACCGCUUGGAUGAGCUGCGGGAGCUGGCCCGACGCCUGGAUCUGCCCCCUGCUGAAAUGUUCACACUGCACGCACAUCACGCCUACGCCUACGCCUUCUGGAAGGAGCCGGCUGCCUUUGACGCCUUUAUGGAGCGGGUGGAGCGCGAGGUCUUGGAGCGCGGGCAUGGCGACGUGGUGGGGCGCCUCAGCAUGGCGCGCAUGCUCACCAAACAGACCAUCAUCAUGGCCGGGGAGCCGUCCGACUCGUGGCAUGUGACGGGCAGCCUUGAGCCGCCGGCCGGGCUGCACGAGCGCAUUGAAGUGUUCAUGCGCGCCAUUGCCGCGGAGUCCCGAGAGAUGGAGACGGAUGACUUCGUGCAAGAGCUGCUGCUAGGCGAAGUUGCAGCAGGCCUGUUCGAGCUGUUUGGAAAACAGCUGGCCCAGAUGCCGGGAUCAUCUGGUGCGAUCUCCGGUCCUCCCACGAGCGCUAGGCCGGAGGGCCCGGGCGGCGCGCCGAUGUCGCCCGGGCGUGCCAGGCAUCACCAUGCAGUUCACCACCAGGCGCACCUGCUGGGCUCUGACGUGCACCACCACCGCGCCUCGGCCGUCGAGAGUGUAGACGCGGAGGCACUGCAGGCACUGCGGUCGCUGUGUGUGCUGGUGCUGAUGCUGGGCAAACACCUGCCCGGCCAUGUGCCGCCAGUCAUGGUGCUGCUCACUGCGGCCGUGAGCCGCGCCAUAACGUCAUCCAUGGAGCUACAACUGCAGAGCCUUGCUGGGUGGCGCGUUUUCCUGCGAUGCCUGGCCGCCACUGCGCCCUCUCUCCUGGAGCGCGUCGCCGUGCAAGCCUCUGUAGUGCUGCUACCGCUGCUCCAGAGCCCCUGCACUGAGGUUUCGACAUCGGCUGCGGGCGUGCUGACGCUGCUGGUUGUGGACAACAAAGAGCGCGUGCGCAAGGCGCUGAGCCGCAUGCCGCCGCUGCCCGCCGAGGUGCCGGGUUUGGAGCAGGUGGCGCAGGUGUUGCAGGAGGAGCUGCAGCUGGCGGACCGCCGCAAGCGCCUGGCGCAGCUGGCCGACUCGUUGCAGCACGACAGCCUGGAAGUGCGGCACGUGGCUCUGGGUGAGCUGCGUUUCUUCCUGACCGACCAGCGCGCCUUCAUGUGCGAGCUGGUGCAGCGCGGCUGCAGCGGCCGCACCGCAGUGGGCGCAGGCAUGUCGCCGGAGUCGUCACGGGCGGUGACGACAGCUGGCACGACUCAGAAGCUGGGCAAGCGGGCGGCUGGAGCGGCCGGGAUCAAGAGCCAAAGCAGUGCGGGGGCGGCUGCAGAUGCCGCGCUGCUCGCGCAGCUCCUCAGUGCGUUGCUGCGCUGCUGCGAGAACACCGUACGCACUCGGCUGGGCAAGGAUAUCCGCAUCAGGUGUGGCGAGUGCCUGGGCCUUCUUGGGGCCUUGGACCCGGCGCGUGUGGCAGUGGAGCGCCGCGCCCCGCCCGACCUGGUGGACCAGGACCAGGAGAGGGGCGUAGCGGGCGGCGACAAGGGCGGUGGCUCGGAGGCCACUGGGGCGCUGGCCAGGAGCAACGGCGGGGGUGGGCAGUACGCGCUGGAGGUGUCACUGGUGGAGAACCUGGUACGGGUCAUGGAGACUACGGGCGACCUGACGGUCUACCGUUUCACGUCGUAUGCGCUCCAGUGCCUGCUGCAGCACUACACGGGCGGGUCAAACGAUGGGGGCGUGGCGCGCAUCACGUCGGGUGCAGCUGCUGCAGGCGGCCGGCCCGGCGCAGCGUCCCCCGAGCCCGAAGGGCUGUACUGGGAGAUUCGGCCAGACAUUAGGCCUCUUGUGAAGCCCUAUCUCACUACGAGGUACACGCUGGAGGACGUGGGCCGCGGCGGCCGGCCCGAGGUGGACUCCUGGCUGGUCGGCAACCCGCUGUUCAACUCGCCCAAGAGGCCUAGCUAUCGGCGCUGGAUGACGCUUUGGAUCCGCGCCAUGCUCCGUUUCGCGGUGGGCCCUCACCAGGCGGCGUUCAACGCCAUGAUGCCGGUGAUGCGGCAGGACCUGCCGCUCAUGACCUUCAUGCUACCACAGGUGGUGCAUGCCGUGCUGGUGAGCGGCAACGCCACCGCCACGGAGGCUGUGCGGCGCGAGGUGGUGGCGGUGCUGCAGGCAGGUGCAGCGGGGCCGUCAGAGGCGGACGGCCAGUUGGAGCUGUACCUUCAGGCGCUGUUCGGGCUGCUCGAUGUGCUGGGGCGCUGGGUCAAGGACGCCUGGCAGGCGGCCGGCGCCUCAGGCAGCACUCAGGUGGCAGCCCAGGCGCCCGGGGGUGACAACAUCAGCGAGCUGCCGGCUCGGGCGCAGCACGUGCGCGCCUUCAUCGAGAGCAUUCCAAUGGAGACCCUGGCACGUGCGGCUUCCAGGUGCGGUGCGCACGCGCGGGCGGUCCAGACAUUUGAGACGCACAUGAGGUCAGAGGCCAUCAAGGCGCAUGCCGCCAGCCAGUCCAAAUCCGCAACCAGCGGUGGCCUCAACCCGGCGGCUGACGUCAGCCGGCCCCAGUACAAGGCGCUGAACGCAGACGUAUCGUUCCUGCUUGAGGCGUACGGUCAGCUGGGAGAGCCAGAUGGGCUGGCGGGCCUGUGCGCCAUGCGGCCCAGCGGCCUGAGCGAGGCCGACCAAGUCCUGGUAGCCGAGCGCGCUGGGCAGUGGGGCGACGCCAUGGCGCUGUACGAGUCAGCCAUGCGCAGAGAAGCCCCCGCAGCCGAGGAGCCAAACGCCAGCGCGUUCGGCGCAGCAGGGGCGGCCCUCGGGGUGCUAGGCAGAAGCAGCUCGGCCGGGGCAGCUGCGCCGAGGCAAGGGGGCCACCGGGUGCCUGGCGCUGAUGGCGACGACAGCGCCAGCAGCGGGGCACUGAGCACCUCGCAGGCGGGCUACAUGCGCUGCCUGCUCGCCAUGGGACACACCCAGGCGGUGUUGUCGUCGGUGGACGGGCUCCUGGCCCGUGGCAUGUGCACGCCGUCAGCGGCAAAGCAUUUUGCUGCAUUGGGCGUGGCCGCUUCAUGGCGCCUGGGCCGCUGGUCCCUCCUGCGCGGGUACCUCCACGCCGCGGAGCUGGCUGGUCCAGAGCCUGGGGAGCAGUGCGAGCACCUGCUGCUACCGGGCGCGACCCUGCCGGGCAGCACCGCCCUGAGCGCGGGCGACCAGUGGGAGUUGGACAUAGGCCACCUGCUGGACACAUUGCAGCGCGGUAACUGGGCUCGUGUGCGCGAUCUGCUGGAGGGCUACCGAGAAGAGAGCAUGGCGGUGCUGCCGGCACUGGCGCAGGAGAGCUAUGUGCGCGCUUACCCACACAUGGUCCGGCUGCACAUGAUGCAGGAGCUGUCCGACGUCUUGUCUUUGCUGGACCCCAGCUGCGGCUGGACCGGCCUCAGCGCCAACGAACGGGCGCGGCGGCUCCGAUGGCCAGAUCGCAUGUCGUCCACACAGGCCUCGCUGCCCACCCAGGAGCCACUCCUGAGCUUCCGCCGCCAGCUGUCUGCGCUCAUGGGCGACCGCGAGGCCGAGGCAGCGGCCUGGCUAGCCACUGCAAAGCUGUGCCGCGCAAACGGCCACCUGGAUGCGGCUACCAGUGCAGUGCUGGAAGCCGCCACCCGCGGGGUCGGUGCGGCGGCAGCGCUCGAGUCUGCAAAGCUGCUGCGGGCUCGCGACCUGCACCAUCGCGCAGCCAGCGAGCUGCAGUCCGCCAUCCAUGAGCUGUCGUCCGCACAAGCUGCGGUGUCCCCAGCUGCGGCAGAGUCACGCCGCAUGCUGGCGCGACUGAAGCUUUGCCUUGCGCGCUGGUCGGCCGGACAGGGCGGCUGCGCCCCCGCGGAGCUGCGGCGGCUGUUUGACGAGGCGCUGGAUUCCGACCGCGCGUGGGACAAACCGCACUUCCACUACGCUAGGUACCUGGACCAAAUCUACCAGGAUGCCCGGCGCCGCCAGACAGGCCUGGGAGGCAAACCUAUGGCCAACGCUGGCAGAAGCGCCGGAGAAAGGUUUGGUGGCCGCGUGAAGAUUAUGAUCGGGGACGAGCGGCAGUACUACGAGUACCUGCCAGACGUGCUGCGGCACUAUGGCGAGGCCAUUACCAAGGGCCAGAAGCAUGUCAUGCAGGCGCUGCCACGUAUGCUGACGCUGUACUGCGAGCACGGAAGCGACCAACUGGCCCGUGGCACCAACCAGCCACGCACCAGCAAGGAGAACCGCGCCGCUACCGAGGUGCUGAACACCAUGAAGCAGCUGGCAGCCACAGCCAUUGCGCCGCCCAAGUGGCUGGUGGCGCUGCCGCAGCUCAUCUCGCGGAUCGCCCACGCCAACAAGGAGGUCAGCGAGGUCAUCCGCAUCGUGCUGGUGCGGCUGGGCGAGGCGUUUCCACACCAGGUGCUGUGGUCGGCAGCGGCCGUGACCCGCAGUGCCGUGCCUAAGCGGCGGGAUGCGGCGGCUGAAGUAAUGAAGCUGGUUUCAAAUCAAGGGCGGCGGACGAGCAACAGCUACUUGCUGACGGUGCUGGAGCAGUUUAACUCGCUGUCUGAGCAGCUAAUCCGGCUCUGCCACUGGCAGCCGCAGCAGCAACGCAACCGCAUCGUGACCACUGCUUCCGCUCACCGGGACUUUGAGCACCUGGUCCGCCUGUUGCCAUGCGAGGUCAUGGUGCCCAACCAGGAGCAGUUCCGCGCCCCAUUGCCGCCAGCGGCAGCCGGCAGCCGCAUGGCUGCCGAGCACCCUGCGGGCGGCAGCAGUGGUGGCGCCGGCGUUGGCUUAAUCAAGAUCUCGGCGCUGAAGGACGAGCUGCAGAUCAUGCAGAGCUUGAUGAAGCCCAAGAAGCUGACGUUUGUGGGCAGCGACGGGCUGGACUACUCGUUCCUAGCCAAGCCAAAGGAUGAUUUGCGCAAGGAUUAUCGGCUCAUGGACUUUGCCGGGCUUCUGAACGCACUGUUUGCCAGCGACGCCGCGUCCCGGCGUCGUGGCCUGCGCAUCCGUACCUAUGCGGUGGUGGCACUGACUGAGGACUGCGGCAUCCUGCAAUGGGUGGACGGCCUGACGCCGUUUAAGGGCGCGCUGGAGGACCUGUACAUCAGCGAGCGCGUUUACGCCAAGAAGGAAUGGCAGGUGUGGAUCAAGAAGUUGUGGGACAGCUGGACAGAGCCUGCCAACAAGUCCAAGCUGCUAUCCAACGUCCUGGCCCGCCUGCCGCCGCGCAUGCAUCGCUGGCUGCUCAACAAAUACCCCGAGCCCGCCACCUGGCUCAGCGCUCGCAACAACUUCACCAGAACCAAUGCCGUGUGGUGUAUGGUGGGCCACAUGCUGGGUCUGGGGGACCGGCACGGCGAGAACAUCCUGCUGGAUACCACUUGUGGCGACACGGUGCAUGUGGACUUCGGCUGCCUGUUUGACAAAGGACUCACGCUCGAGGUACCAGAGAUGGUGCCGUUUCGUCUGACGCAGAACGUCAUUGAUGGCUUUGGCAUCACUGGCGUGGAGGGCGUUUUCCGCCGCUGCUCUGAAACCACACUGCAGGUCCUACGUCAGCACCGGGACACACUGAUGACGUGUGCAGAGACGUUCCUGCAUGACCCUCUGGUGGAGUGGGCCGCACGGGGCCAGGGGCAGGGGCAACGCCCACAGGACGGCGGUCUCGGGGAGGCAGAGAAUCCAGCGGCUAAAGAUGCUCUCGCAACCAUUGAGGGAAGGCUCACGGGCACCCUGCUGGGCGUGCAGAGCAUUCCCACGCUGCAGCUAAGCUGCGAGGGCCAGGCCGCUCGGCUAAUAUCUGAGGCCAGUGAUAAGGAGAACCUUGGUCGCAUGUAUGUGUGGUGGAUGCCAUGGAUGUAAAAGCCACAAGUGUGUGGUACGCCAUACAUACCAAAGGACAUCUUGUGUGAGCUACUGUAGUGGCUGGCGUUUAGGCCUUGUGCCGGAUGAUAGGACACUGAAGGCGUCCCUCCUGAAGCAUGAUGGGGCUCAGCAAGAAAUUUGCAACGUAUUUGCAAUCAGUUGGCUUUACCUUACCUUGAUAGUGUGGCACUCGCAGUUUGCGCAGUCUUGAGUUUGGUGCAAAUGCGCACGCAUGCAGCAACGGACAGGGAUGUUCCUGGGGGGCCUACAACCCCCCCUGAAGUACUGUGCCCGGGGGCCUAAGCCCACAAAGUAAAGUUGGGAGGCUUAGCUCACCUGUAAGGAGAGCAAAUAGGUAGUAACAUCUUGGGGCUGGCGUAUGCAGGGCCGCAGGGCGAUGAAGUGAUGCUUAUAGUGAAUGACGGUGGCAAUGUGAGGGUAUAUGGAGUUUAUGAAGCUGGCAGACCUGUACUUUGUUCAGCACUAUAAUACCAUAGAGCUCUUAUGCAGUUCUGGUUAUCGUCACAUGUACUAGGCGUAGAGCAGACGAAUUGUUGCUUCACGUGGCUCAGGCGUGGCUCUGUGGAAACAUGGCGAGUGCGGGAGGGCUUUGGAUGCCCCAGGUCGGCUAGGCAGUUACAGUCUUGCAACUGGCAAGGGUCAGCUGUAAACUUGCAUGGCUGUGGUUAUGAACUGGUUGUGUGGCAUGCAGAAGUCAGCAUGGGUGAACAUGUUGUAGUUAUGUGUGUUUGUGUGUGUAAGUAUGAUACAGU